ACAUACCUUCCAUCCAUAAUACUCUUAUCAACUCAACACCAUAACCAUAACAACCAUGGCUCCAACGGCAAACUUGAACCAAAUUUUCAGCACUUUUCCGGCCAUCCCGAAGCUCUCCGGUGACAAAGUACCCCGCACGGAUGUGGCUGCCGCCAGUUUGGCCCGAAACAAGGCGGAUGAAAGUGUAGACUACACAUUAAAACCAACAAGAAGACUAGCAUUAGGCAUUGGCACCAUUGGACUCUUUGCCAAUUCUAAUGUUGCAGUCUCGCUAGCCGAAGACAACGGUUUAUGGCUCACCGGACCCAUACCGAUACCACGGGCAACCAAUAUGAUCAAUAAUGUGGAAACGGGUACCCGGUCUUUUCUCAAAACGGGUGUGUAUAUAGCGGAUAUUGGGACUAAAGGAAGACAGUUUCGGCUAAAGAAGUAUGCAUUUGAUCUUCUAGCAUUGGGAGACUUAAUAGGGAAAGAUGCAUGGAACUAUGUUAGAAAGUAUCUUCGAUUAAAGUCAACAUUCAUGUACUUUGACUUUGAUAAAGUCAUCUCGGCUGCCACACCCGACGAUAAGCCACCACUCCUUGAUCUUGCUAACAGAUUGUUCAAUACCGUCGAAAAGCUGGAAGACGCGGUGAAACAAAAGGAUCUUCCUCAAACCGAAGCAUUGUAUAAGGACACGACAGUUAUUCUUCAAGAAGUUAUGACUAGAAUGGCGUAACAUGUUUCGAGUGAUCAAAUGUAUGAGUGUGAAUGAUCUUCAAUCAACUUUUGUUUACUGUUUUAUAUGAAUUCAACGUUUGUUUUGCGUA